AUGCAGUACAAGGGUUCCCUUCUUUUGGCCGCUCUCGCCGGCUCGGCCAUCGCUCGCCCUCACGGCCAUGAGCGCCGCCACGCCCACCCCAAGGCUGCGAUCGAAGAGGUCGCCGCUCCCGCUGUGACCGACGUUGCUGCCAUCGAGGAGCGUGCCGUUGGUGAUGUGGUCUAUGCCACUAUCGACAACGUCCUCGUCUCCUGGAUCAACCAGUGGGCUGGCGAUGCUUCCACCACUUCCUCCACUUCCACUCCCACUCCCGUCGUUGUUUCGACCGCCACCGCUGCUCCCACUACCACCGCCAAGGCUGCUCCCACCUCUGCCAGCUCUGGUUCUGGCUCCGGCUCCGGCUCCGGCUCCAGCUCCAGCUCUGGCGGUGACUGGACCUCCUACCCCUCCGAUGGCCAGUUCUCCGAAGAAGGCUUCGGUGCCUCCAACUACGUCGCCCAGGCUCUCGGAAUUGAGUGGAAGGGCAACACGGGUCUCCCCUGGGGUAGCAACAUCAUCGAGGUUGAUGCCGCGGACGCCAACAAGUACCGCAACGUCAUUCGUUUUGAUGGUGCUGAGUCCGGUGACUGGACUAUUCUGUUCUGGAACAAGAUGGGCCCCGACAGCCAGAUGACCGGUUUCUUCUCCCCCAACAAGGCCCUUGACUUCACCAUCCAGCCUGGCGAAACCAAGUACGUUGCCAUCGCUGACCAGUCCACCGGUGGCUGGACCGCCUACAAGGGUGACACGGCUCCUCUCUCCAGCUAUGGCGCUUACGCUGCCACCUGGGGUGAGUUCACCAUGCGCGCUGCCCCCGAGUUCAGCUCCUGGGAUGUUUCCUGUAUCCAGGCCCAGAAGGCUGGCAAGGAGAUCCAGGGUAUGAAGAUCUGCAUGCACGACGGAACUUCUUGCUCUUCCAUCACCAACGGCAUGGGCUCCGUCAUCAAUGCCUACACCGCCGCCGAAGAGGCAGUGAACGGCAUUGGUGGCAACGUCCGAGACGAGGCUAUCCGUCUCCUUGUCAACCUGGACUACGCCUAA